GUGAAAGCCAGUGCAGACAGGCGGGUAGACGGACCUCGGUGGUGGUUGACUUGUGGCGCUUAGCUCUUGGGUCCAGCACUCAACAGUGUCCGCGCGGUAGUGAAAGGUGCUAUGUCGCGGUACGGAGUGAACGUUGUUUGGACCAUGACCGCGUACGCGCGAUUUUUUCUUUUAUGUGCCAUAUUUGUGAAUGUACAAUGUCAAAAAGAUAAAGAAGCCGAAGAAUUCAUCUGCCCAGAAGGCACACAGGGUAAUGGCAAUUUUGCAGACCCAGCGACAUGUAGGAGGUUUUAUCAAUGUGUAGACGGAUAUCCAUAUUUAAACAGAUGUCCCUCAGGACUUUACUUCGAUGACAUCAGCAAAUAUUGUACUUUUAAGGUUGAAGCAAGAUGUGGACCUAUUGCAACGACACCAGCUCCAAUAACGGAGGCACCAACGGAUCUGGCAACGAAAUGCGACCCGGCGGAAUGUCAGUUGCCAUAUUGUUUUUGUUCCAAAGACGGUACACUCAUUCCCGGCGGUCUUGAACCGGAGGAUACGCCACAAAUGAUAAUGUUAACAUUUGACGGUGCGGUCAAUUUGAAUAAUUACGACUUAUACAAGAAAGUUUUCAACGGAAAGUUGCGCAAUCCCAACGGCUGCCCGAUCCGAGGCACUUUCUUCUUAUCGCACGAAUACAGUAAUUAUGUCAUGGUACAAAAAUUGGCUCACGAUGGUCAUGAGAUAGCGACAGGUACGAUAUCGCAACAACAGGGCUUGCAGGACAAAGGCUACGAAGAAUGGGCGGGCGAAAUGAUCGGAAUGCGGGAAAUUCUGCGCAAGUUUGCGAACAUAUCGCGCUCGGAGAUCGUUGGCACGCGGGCGCCUUUCCUCAAGCCCGGCAGGAAUACGCAGUUCAAGGUAUUAGAAGACUUCGGCUAUAUCUACGACAGUUCUGUGGGAGUGCCGCCUUCGCCCAUCCCCGUGUGGCCUUACACCCUCGACUACAAGAUUCCACAUGAAUGCAAAUCUGGAACAUGCCCGACUAAAUCAUUCCCUGGUUUAUGGGAGGUGCCUUUUAACGCGCAUUACGUGGAGACGUAUGAGGGCGGCCAUUGUCCUUAUUUAGACCAGUGUGUGCUACAUAAUCACGACUCAGAUGAUGUAUUAGAAUGGCUCCAAGAGGACUUCAAUCGGCAUUACGAACAAAACCGAGCGCCAUACAUGAUGCCGUUCCACACAAAUUGGUUCCAAAUUAAGGAAUUAGAACGAGGCCUCCAUAAGUUCUUAAAAUGGGUGUCUGAGUUGAAGGACGUAUACUUCGUAACAGUGACACAAGCGCUCACGUGGAUGACGGAGCCGCGUUCCGUGAAAUUGCUCAGCAAUUACGAGGCAUGGAACUGCGACAAGAAAGACUUGCCUCUACCCGCGUGCAACUUGCCCAACAAGUGUGCUCUGUCCUUCAAACACCCCGACACUAACUUCACGGACACGCGCUAUAUGGAGACGUGUGUCGAGUGCCCCAACCAAUAUCCGUGGUUGGGUGACUCGGGCGGAACGGGUAUUCCAGGCAAGGACAAUUACAUACCCGAUAACCUCAAAAAAUGAUGUAAUUUAUUGUAACGAUGACUAACAGAUGACAGACAUUAGUGUUAUAAAUGACAAAACUUAUAGUUAACGAUAGCGAUAUGAGGGAUACCUACGUUUUAGAUAUUUUUAGGACUUUUGAUAAGCAUAAUUAUAGGCAAUUUUAUAUCUAAAUGUGAUUUUCUUUGGGUUAACGAUAGUAAAAAUUACAUUAAAAGUCUUUUAUAAUCCCUUUUUUUAAUCCUAAGUGUAUCUCAAUUAUUUUAAAAGGGCUUUUCCAAUAAAUCUUCAAAAUUUGCCCAAGUUUGCCACCAUUCAAUUUCAGAAUUUAUACAUCAAUUUCUUUCUUGUUUGUCUUCCCUGGUUCAUUAUUCAUACAGAGAUUGAUAGCGAUCGUCUGUCAUCUGUUGUCAUUUUUUUAAUCUAUUCAUUUUGUUCUAACAUAAUUGGUUAUUGUUACCAAUUUCGUAACAAUUUGAAUGGAUAUUGUAUAUAUAUUAUUGUGUAGCAGUGACUAGUCAUUGCACGUUAGAAUUUAAGAUUAAGUUCUCAAUAAACAAGACUCUAGGCUUACAUAGCCUCUUAUUAUAUUGCUCAAGUUUCCUUUAUUCUGUUUGACAAUAAUAGUUGCAAGUUGACAAAAUAGAUCACAUGAAUUUUUGGAUAAAAUUAAUUUACAUUUAUUACUUUAGAAAUGUAAGUUUAACAAAAUUCUAAUUCUAUUUGAUAUUUCAUCUGUAUUAAUUGAUUGUAGUUAGAUAGUUAAACUAUGCCAUUUAAAUGUUACUUUGAAAGAAUACCAUUAAGAUGAGGCCACAAUUUUUUGUAUAUCUGUGUAAUAAAAUUUAAAAAUAUAGAGCCUUACAUUUUUUAUAACUAUCCAGUAUACUUUUACAUUUUAUGUUUUUAUCUAAUUACUAUUCUUGGUGCUUUGUAUACCUUUGGUGCUAUAAAUAUGUUUCGAUUUCUCUUGUUAUCUUUUUAUACAAAAAUGAAUAAAUAUGUGGUUCGUUAUGUAAUAAAUGUAUGACAACUA